UCCUACUAAAGAUGAGAUAGAAUUUUAUAGUUAUUUGUCUCAUUAAUUUGCCAAAGCAUUUUCUAAUUUUGACGUACUGAUAAAUGGAAUCUCUGGUGGGGAAGUCUGCAGGUGUAUUUGUUUGGUUGUUUUAGAAUACACCUGAUAGCGGAAGCGCACUACUCGUAUUUUCCCAAAUAACGAAAGACAUGGCAGGUACUUACACUUGUACAGCUAAAUAUUCGAAUACAGAAGAACUUAAGGCCUCGAAAGAAAUAAAAAUUAUAGAGGAAAUAAAGUGGAAAGACGCACCUGAAGAACAAUAUCCGAAAUUGGGCGAAACUUUUAGAGUACGUUGCGAGGCAGAGGCAAAUCCUUCUGCCUCAAUCAAUUGGGAAAGAAAUGGCGUCUCAUUAACCACCAAAGACAGAUACAUCGUAAAGGCUAACGGUCUUAUCAUUAAGGAUGUCAGAGAAUCUGAUGACGGAUUGUACAAAUGCACAGCGGUUGUGAUCUCUACAGGAGAAAUACAAAUUCGAAAUAUAAGGGUAAUAUACGAUUUGUAAUGAUGGGGAUAUUUUUCUUCGGGCAAUCAAUGGCUCUUUAGAAUGCCACAUAUAUUAUACAAAAAUAUGUAUAAUUUUGACAUUUAACAAAAAAAUUCAAUUUUUGAUUUGAAAUUCGUCCAUCACGUAAACCAUUUCUUAAUUUUUGGAUAAGCUGACGUGAGGGUGGUUUUUACAUAAUUUCAUUAUAUUAGGCAUAGUUUAAUUUGGUAUUAGCUUCUGAAAUUCUCUUGGUGUAAAAAUUUUC